AUGACGACGCGCGUUUCGACAGUGGCUAGCGGGAAAGUCCUGCUGCCGCGCGAGUCCCUCACGGAGGCGGAGAAGUGGCGGUACAUCAUCGACAACACACUUAAGAUGACAAGCCUUGGCUUCCUGAGCGGCGCGGCCUUCUCCCUCGUGGUGUUCCGCUCUGUCGGCGCCCGCAUGGCGGUGACCGCCUUUGGCAGCGGCUUCGGCCUCGGCAAGUCGUACGUGGACACGAGGUACAUUCUGGGACACGAUGUUGCCGCUGAGACAGUGUGGACAGCAGAGGUGGUGAAGAAGGAGCGCAGCGCGGGGGCCGUGGACGGGGGCGAGACUGCCAGCGCUUAG